AUGCGCGAUCGUUGCAUCGUCCUCGCUCUGUCUACGCUCUGCGCCGCCGCGGUGUUCGAUUUCGAGGCCGACGGAGGCGCUGAGGCCGGCGACGACACUUGGGACACUGUCAUCUCCAACGGUGCGAAGCUCAACAGCUCCCUGUCAAAGCUGCGCCCGGGCGACACCUUUGUCGUGCCCACUAAGACGUUUCACCUCAUGGGCGGCAUUCACGCUCGCAACCUGCACGGCGUCACCAUCUCCAUCGACGGCACGCUCAUAUUUGCCUCAUCGGCGCUGAAUUCCGGCCGCUAUAUGAAGGCGUGGCCACGCGGCGGUGACGGCGGUGUGUUGGAUUGCCUGACCUUCUCAAAUCUCUCCCGCGUGAACUUCACGAGCGCAAGCCGCGGAGAGCUCGACGGCGGCGGUGCAAAGCAGGAGGAUAGGCCGCGGCUGCUCACCGUGCUGGAGUCGGACCACGUUCUGGUGGAGCGGCUGCACUUCCGCCAGUCGCCCUACUGGACCUUCCUCGCUAGCGGCGUGACGAACCUCGAGGUGCGGUACUCGCGCGUCGACAACCGACGGACGCACGCCGACCGCCACGAUCUGCUCGACCUGACCGCCUUCAACACUGACGGGUUCGAUCUCGCGGACUGCGACACCGUCUGGAUCCAUCACUGCGAGGCGGCCACAUGGAUGCGCCCUGAGAGAACGGUGGCGCGGAGGCGCUGCUUUGACACCUGCGUGGCUUGGGCAGGCUUUGGCCUCACCAUUGGCUCCAUCGCCUCCGACGUCCGCAAUAUCACCUUUCGGCACGCGCGCAUGGUUCGCACGGUCAAGGGCAUCUACAUGAAGUUCCGCGGCGCCGGCUCGGACAUCGUGAUUGAGGAGCCGCAGCAGUUCGCCAUCUGGAUCGGGCCGGCGCAGAAACCGGCCCCGGGACGGAGGGGCCGCGGCCUUGCACGUUGCAUGCCGUGGGGCUCUAUCUUGUUCGGAUGCACGCACUGCCACGCGCCGGCGGGCGGGCAGUACUCCAACAUCACGCUGCGCGACAUCACCGUCCUCCGCCCGAAGCAGAGCGCCGGGGUGCUGCUGGCGGAUGAGGCGGCGGCGAUGCGGGGCGUGCGCUUCGACAACGUCGUCGUCCACGAGCCGGCGGCGAGGCCGUUUGGGGACGAGCAGUACUACUGCAGGAAUGUGCACGGCGUGGCGACCGGUGCGACCAGCCCGGUGCCUCCGUGCUUCGAGGACCGCACCGGUGCCGUGUCAGCACGGGCCGAGCGUUUUUAA